AUGACAGACACCGUGGAUAUCCGGCCCGGCAGCGACUUUUCCAUUGCGCAGAUUGCGACAUGCUUCAACGAGGCCUUUGCCGACUACUUUGGCCACCCCAUCGUGUGGACACCCUCCGGGCUCGCCGAGUACCUGCCGCACCACUGCAUCUCCCAGACGCGCAGCCUGGUCGCCUGCCCGCGCGGGAGCGACACGCCCGUCGGCUUCGCGCUCAUGGCGUACCGGGACGACCUGCCCGGGCACGCGCGCCUGGCCGGCAUGGGCGUCGUGCCGAGCUGGGCCGGACGGGGCGUCGGCUCGCGGCUGCUCGCGGCCGUGGUGGACGCCGCGCGCGCCGACGGCACCGCGACCCUCUGGCUCGAGGUGAUUACGCAGAACGCGCCUGCCGCGAAGCUGUACGCGCGCCACGGCUUCACCGUCGUGCGGGCCCUCGCGGGGUGGACGCGUGACGCCGGGGCGGCAGCGGAAGACGAGCCGGCGGCGGCGCUGGAGGACCGCGCACCGGACGAGGUGCUCCGGCUGCUGCGGCGGUAUGGUGCGGCCGCGGACCUCCCGUGGCAGCUGUGGCACCAGUUUGCGCUGGCGACGCGCCCGCAGAGCUGCCGCGGCUUCCGGCUCGGCCGCGCGUGGUGCGCCGUCUCGGACCCCGACGACGAGAGCAAGGACGCCAUUAGCCUGUUGGGCGCCGUCGUCGAGCCUGACGAGGAAGGGAAGGAGGCGGCGCGGGGCACGGGACAGGCGACGGCGCUGCUGCGCGCUGUCAUGGCCAGGUACCCGGGCAGGAAGUGGAAAGCCCCGGCGACGUUUCCGCUCGAGUACGGCGAGACGAUUGCGAGGCGGCUGGGCUUUGAGAAGGAGACGAUUUGUAUGGACUUGAUGAAGCUGAACGUUGAAUGA